UGGUAUUUUGUCGAAAUAUUCACUUUGAACCAACACAAUCCUGAAAUGGUGACUUGCCCAUUAGUUGUUCUUUUUUUGCCAUCAUUGUUGAAAUGUGAGUCCUCAUCUCAUUUAUUCGACGCUCUCCGUAUAAACUGAUGUGGUGAAAUUGGCCUUUGUUUUCAACCAUUUUUUGCGCCUGCCAGUUUUGGGAGUAAAAUCCUUCUACCAUUAUAGUGACUUGCAUUAUCCACACACCCAUUUAUAUACAAUUGUUGUUCAUAUUUUUUCUGUUAAUGGUUGUAAUGGUGUUACAAUAUUUUAUUUUAUUUUUUAUUUUUUAGCAAAAACAGACUGAACAUGCUGUCUCUCUCUCUCAUUUUUUAUUUUUUAAUUAAAUUUUUUUUGGGCUGAAGUGUCUCUGGCCUUUAAAUUGACACAGCUUGAUAUCUACCCAUAGUUGUACCACGAUCAAAUCUGCUAAAUAAUUGUAGUUUGACUAUAAUUCCUUUAGUCCUACCUAACACAUGCUCUUUUCAUCUGACCACAGGAUUGAUGCUAUUUUUUUUCGUUUCGGUUACGUUAUCUUUUAUGGUGGUCAUGCCCAAUUGUGUGGGUUGGAUUGUUGCGUUGUUCACUAUCAACUGUGGAUCAUGAACAAACUCAGCAUCUAUUUAUUCUUUCAUCUGUCGCCUUUUUAACUUGCGUAUGAGUCCUUAACUUUCACUGAAAUCACGUUUGAAUGGAUGCAGUUUAUUUUUAAAACUUGCAUCCUUGACAUUGGAUGUUUGCUCAAAGGCCUUUUGUGCUUUCAAAAACUAAAAUGCUGGUAGAUAUUUUUACUCUCCUUAACCUCUCAAAGAUCAAGAAUGCCUUACCCUCGCGUUUCUUGCACCGUUCUGUUAUUUCUGGUGAGGCACGCAUUGAAAUGUUGACUGUCACUGUCCUCGGUGCUGAAAUUCCACUCCCGUUGCAGUCACCCUCCUGCAUAAAUCCGAUCAAGCCUUUGAUUAUUUGCGCUCUGGAUAUUGGAUUGAUCAUGUAGUCUGGUAACUCAAACAGCCCACUCUGACCAGCACCUGGUAUUUCGUCCACUUGACUGCAAAAUGCUGCUAGUUGUUAAACUGUUAGGAUUUUAACUCUGUGCAAGGGAAACGGUAUUCAUCGCAAUGUGUUUUACGGUUUAUGAUUAUUGUUUUUUAUUUUGGCAUGUUUAACCGAAUUGACAUUUGAGUCCAGUUGUGUAUUUCUUUAGAUUAUCAAUCAUGCUACCUUUUGAAAUGAUGUUGCUCAUUACACAUACAGUAUAUAAAACGCACAAAACACGUUUAUGAAUUGGUGGCAAUAUUUAUUCUAGAUUUCUUUAACAGAUCAGUUGAAUCUGUAUCAAAUUUCUAACCUAUUCUGAUCGGAAUACUGAGCAUUUUAAUGUAAACGUAUAUUUCCAUUAAAAAAAGUUUAAUUAAAUAAAAUUUAAAAAAAAAAGAAAAGAAAAAGUGUAAUUGAAAAUGGCCACAUUUUGCCACUAUGUUCGCGAUUAUGAAGAAGGAUUAGAACGAAUUAACGAUUAUUAGGUCCUAAUUUUCAUUUCAAUCAAGACAGAAAAAAAAACAAAGUGCCGUGCUAUUGUGAUUUAGCUGUUUCGAUGCGAUUAUCCAAUGUGUCCUCACGGUGGCACUAUAGACCAGCUGAUGAGUGUUGCUGUGCACACCACCCACUCUAUUGUGAGCCAAAGACGCUUGAUCGCUGCGGCUUUUCAACCAGACUCGACAUAGAAAGGAGCCUUGCUGCUGGAGCAAAGGAUUUUUGUCUGGUCAUAGUUUAGUCACUUAUAUUCUAAGUGACGAUGAUUAUCUCUGGAUUUGAACCUGGAAGCUUCGGCUUUGUCGUCUUCUUUGUUGUGGCCCAGUGCGCUCACGGAGACCUGAGCUACUCCGUGCAAGAGGAGCUGAAACGAGGAUCUGUGAUCGGAAAUAUCGCUAAGGAUUUGGGAUUGGAUGCUUCCACGCUUUCUACUCGUAAAGCUCGUGUUGAUGUUGAGGGAAGUGACAAGAGAUACGUCGCCAUUGAGGCUCGGAACGGAGAUCUAGUGGUCGCUGACAGAAUAGACCGAGAGGAGCAUUGUGGAGAAAAGCCUUCGUGCGUCCUUAAAUUCGACCUGCUGCUGGAGAAUCCUCUGGAGCUUCACCGAUUGUCUCUGCAAGUACAAGACGUUAAUGAUAAUAAUCCUGUUUUCCCGAAAGAUAUUGUGAAACUGGAGAUACGUGAGUCUGCUGUGAGAGGAGCGAGAUAUCGCAUCAAUGCGGCCCAUGAUGCAGAUACAGGUCAGAAUUCUGUUCAGAACUAUGUUCUGCAACCAAAUGCGCAUUUUGUGCUUCACACUCAAACGUCCAGUGGCGGCAAUAAAUACGGCGAACUAGUUUUAAACAAAGAGCUAGACAGAGAGGAGCAGCAGGAGAUGAAAUUAUUGCUGACUGCUGUUGAUGGAGGUUCUCCUCAGAGAUCCGGGACUGUGGUCAUCCAUGUUGUUGUUCUGGAUGCAAAUGAUAACGCUCCUGUCUUCACUCAGGCCGAGUAUCAGACCACGCUGAGAGAAAACUCUCCUCUGAAAACAUCUGUCAUCAGUGUUAGUGCCACAGACGCAGAUGAAGGAAUCAAUGGUCAUGUGACCUAUGAGUUCAGCAGAAUAUCUGAAAAAUCCCGCAACAUGUUUUCUCUAGAUCAGAACACUGGAGAAAUCACAGUGAUAGGAGAGAUAGAUUAUGAGGAGGGAUCCAAGUAUGAGCUGUUUGUUGAAGCCAAAGAUGGUUAUGGACUGACGUCUGAGGCUAAAGUGAUUAUUAAAAUCACUGAUGUGAAUGACAACGCCCCCAUGAUACAUGUCAAGUCUCUGAAUAUUCCAAUACCUGAGAACGUGUCGCCUGGUACAGAGGUGGGCAUCAUUAAUGUUCAGGACAGAGACUCUGACAAUAACAAGCAGGUCAGAUGUUUCAUUCAACAAAGUGUUCCAUUUAAAUUAGUCCCUUCUAUUAAGAACUAUUACUCUCUGGUCACUACUGGUCAACUGGACCGUGAACUGGUGUCUGACUACAACAUCACCAUCACUGCCACUGAUGAGGGCUCUCCUCCUCUGUCCUCCUCUAAAACUGUUCACUUAUCAGUAGCAGACAUCAACGACAACCCACCUGUAUUUGAGGAACAGUCUUACAGCGCAUAUGUGACUGAGAAUAACAAACCUGGCUCCUCUCUAUGUUCCGUCACUGCUCGAGACCCAGACUGGAGACAAAACGGUACCGUGGUUUAUUCUCUGUUACCUGCUGAGGUGAACGGUGCCCAGGUGUCCUCCUAUCUGUCUGUGAAUGGAGACACGGGGGUGAUCCACGCUGUCAGGUCCUUUGACUAUGAACAGUGGAGGAGCUUUAAAGUCCAGGUGAUGGCCAGAGACAACGGUUCUCCUCCGCUCAGCAGCAACGUGAGCGUCAGUGUCUUCAUCUCAGAUGUGAACGACAACUCUCCUCAGAUACUGUACCCCACCCCGGAGGGCAACUCCUUCAUGACCGAGCUGGUCCCCAAAGCUGCACACGGAGGCUCUCUGGUGUCCAAAGUGAUCGCAGUGGACGCAGACUCUGGACAGAACGCCUGGCUGUCCUAUCAUAUCGUCAAAUCCACUGAGCCGGGACUGUUCACUAUUGGUCUCCACAGCGGAGAGAUCAGGACCCAGCGGGACAUUUCUGAGUCUGACAGCAUGAAACAGAACCUGAUUGUGGCAGUGAAAGAUAACGGACAGCCCUCUCUCUCUGCCACCUGCUCCAUGUAUCUACUGAUUUCUGAUAACUUGGCGGAGGUGCCAGAACUGAAGGACAUUUCUUAUGAGGACAAGAAUUCCAAACUGACCUCUUACCUGAUCAUCGCUCUGGUGUGUGUGUCCACCUUCUUCCUCACCUUCAUCAUCAUCAUCCUGGGUGUGAGGUUCUGUCGCAGGAGGAAACCCAGAAUGUUGUUUGAUGGAGCAGUGGCCAUCCCCAGUGCUUAUCUCCCUCCUAACUACGCAGAUGUUGACGGCACAGGAACUUUACGCAGCACUUACAACUAUGACGCCUACUUGACCACAGGAUCUCGAACCAGUGACUUUAAGUUUGUGUCCUCUUACAAUGACAACACGCUGCCUGCUGACCAGACUCUGAGGAAGAGUCCCUCUGACUUUGCUGACCCCUUUGAUGAUUUGGAUGCUUCUGUUGAGCAAAAGCCCCCCAACAAUGACUGGCGCUUCAACCAGGGACAGAGACCCGGACCGAGCGGUCCCCACAUGCCGUACGGUACACACAUACGAUGGACGCCGAAGAGUGGGACAAGGGCUGCUGGAGGACCUGAGGUUGCCAUGGGAACCGGCCCCUGGCCCCAACCCCCAACUGAAGCUGAGCAGCUCCAAGCCUUGAUGGCUGCAGCCAACGAAGUGAGUGAGGCCACAGGCACUUUGGGACCCGGCACCAUGGGUUUGAGCACCCGCUACAGCCCGCAGUUCACCCUGCAGCACGUGCCGGACUAUCGCCAGAACGUCUACAUACCCGGCAGCACGGCCACCCUCACCUCCAACCCCCAGCAGCAGCAGGCCACGGCCCAGCAGGCCACCCAGCAGGCUUUGCCCCCGCCUCAGACCCCUGGCCAGCCUGAGGCCCCGAAGGCCGCCCAGACGCCGGCCUCCAAGAAGAAGUCCACCAAGAAGGAGAAGAAGUAGAGUCCGUCUCAUUAGCUGGAGCUUGCCGACAAGUCCAACCUCCCACACCCGACCGCCAUGUAUCUCUCCGCUCUGCUGCUCCUCCUCCAAUCAGUGGCCGGUGUCUGAUCACAUGGACAAACUUGACGGUUCUUUAAACGUGUUUUGAAGACCUUAGAAAAUCUGAAUGUGUUUGGGUGUCCUCGUGCUGAAGGUCCAGUACCAAUCUGUGGCGGUAGAUAUUUGGGGCAGGGUGUGGGGGGUUAUUGUGUUUUCCUUCGUAUUAUUUUUGGCAGAGUCAAUAGAUUCAUUGUAAGUAACCAUGCUGGUAUGACGAGACUGUCCGCAGUGGUGUAUUCAGAGUGGAAAUGUCAAUGGAAAGUCGGCUGUUUUAAAUUGGCCGUCACCUAUAUUCCCGUGUAGGAUCAGCUGUCCUGCGGAGGCUGUUCUCGACAGGUAUUACAAACUCUUCUGCAUGCUAUUUAGGGAUCGACCACAUAGUUUAGAGGGGAAACUAUGCAACGAGGAGGUUGCAGUCAAUCAAUCACCUAGUCAACACGAUGCACAUGUAGCAUUUACUUGACACUUGAUAGUAGAAUAAUUUGAAUAUUUUUAUGAGCUUAGCAUGAACCCUGACAGCUUUUACGAGUGCGGCUGCAGAGCACUGUUUUGACUCAUCCUGUUGUGGUUGUGAAGGCGGUGACUCCCCUCCAGAUGCCUCCUCUUGUCCCUCCCCUCACUUCCCACGUCGAGAGCCAAACCGUGAGCAAUGUUUGUAUUCUGGAGAUGAUGAUAUGUUUGGUAAACGGCUACAGUCUGUAGAGGGACGUGUAGGUUUGCUCUUAGCGCUGAAGAAACUUCUGAACAUGUCACACUUUAUUUUUGUCUUUGGGAGAUUCAAUAGCAUAGAGGAGUUGUUUGUAUUAAGAUAUGAAGUCUUUACUUUAGCCUGUCAGGACCUCGGCCUGGCUGAACUGCAUGAGGAGUCAUGCAGGCCGGAUCGGAGAGUGUUGGGGACGAAGUGAAGGGUGUAAUUGACUUCACCGCAAGGGCGGGGACAGCUGUGGUUCUACCCACUGAAUGUACAGAGGAAACACGAUUGGCCCAGUUGUAAACCAGUGCACUGCUACAGAGCCACUCGAGAAACAUCAUGUUAAAGAGAAUGGGAAAGCGGGGUACCACUCACCUCAUCUCUGCACUUCCUGAUCCGGCGAGGCCCCUCCUCCCUCUGUAAAUAAAACAAAAAGUUGUUGGUAUGAGCCAGUUGUUUGUACAGAAGGGACCAUGACCAACGUUUUCAGUCCCUCUCCACAAGCUGUGGCUUACUACUGGAAUGUGUUGCAUUUUGUUUUACAAGAAAAUAAGAAGAAAAAAAAACACAGAUUUAAAAAAAACAAAAACAGUUAUCAAUAAAACUCUGCGAUGUUUGUGUUGCAAUGUAGUAACUAAGCACCAUGAAAGCCAACUAACACUUCAGUGUAAAUAAAUGAACUAAAGGAGACUUUAGAGGGUGGCACACUUUUAGACUAGUUAAAUUCGUGAUACGUGAUGCAAAUAUUUUUGUGUUCAUUUUCUCUCUCUCUCUCUCUAUCGUUUAUCACCCUGUAAAGAGACACAAAAUGAAACGAAAAAAAUGGAAAUAGUUCUAUCCUUCUGUAACCUCAAUGUUCUUUUGCGGUGAUUUUAUCUCGUGCAUUUGUGAAUGAAUGCCUUUCAUUCUCUUUCUGUCCAGCAAAUGAUUAUAAAUAUUCUAUAUGUGUGAGUCCGUCCGUUGCUGAAUUAACUCUAUCCUGCUGUAUUAUCUUUCUUAUCAAAUGCUUAUCCCCCGUCCCCCCACGCUAUACCCUUUGUGUUACUCUCUUAUUUUUAUGCUAAUAUUUAUAUUGCUGUUUUAUUUUCUCUUGGACACUGACAUUUCAAAUAAAAGGAUUAUGAAAUCA